AUGGCAGACUCAAAUGAUGUCCAAACAUUAGAAAAAAUAUCUACUGAAGUGGAUGAAUCUCAAUUUAAAAUUAUUUUAUCAAGUCAAUGCAUUAAAGCUCAGGCUUAUUUAGUCGACAAAUUGCGUAAACAAUCAGAGCAACAGAAACAAGUAUGUAACUUUAUUAAUAAUGGAAAUUUAAAGUUAGAGACGGAAAUAAAACUCGCUGAACAAGAAGUUAAAAGUCUACUAAGCGCUGUCGACACUAUUAAAAUAGCAAAUGUCGAACUUAAGAAAGAUUUGUUAAUGGCUAAAGAGAGGAAAGUAGCUAUUAGUGAAAGGGUUAAUAAUGGAAUAAAAAAAUAUGAAGAACUUUGGAUAGCAUCUAAAAAACGAUACGAAAGUAUUCCUUUCGUUCAUAACUAUCUCCAAACUAUAAAUGAAAACCAAAUAUUAAAAGACAAUAUAUUAAAUCUGACCAGCGAAGCGCGAAAAAUUACUCACGAUAUAAACAUAAGAAAAACUGAGUUAAAAAACUUGGACAAAAAACAUAUAUUAGAAGUAGCUGAGUACAUGGCUCACAGACCACAAAUCUUAAAAACAAUACGAGAUAAGAGUAACGAAGUCAAUGAAUUACUCAAUGAUAUUCGAGAAUUAACGAAGAAAUGCAAUGCAAAUGUUAUCAAAACUCCCGAACCUAUUCCUGUACUAUUGGAACAAACGUGUGAAAAUGAGGCGAUGGACGCUUCCAUUGAAGGGUCUUGGCCUAAUCUAACUACCGAUAUUGAUAACACAAUAAUGUUGCCAAAACUGCAGCUACGGAACAUUGAUUUAGAUAUUCUUACUAUUAAAUUGGAUCAGAUAAAGAAAGGGGAUUCACAGAAUUUAUCUAAGAGAACUGAAUCAGAACACAUAGCAUUAGAACAGGCAACUACAAAAAAGAAGAAAUCAGAUGAGUUCGUUCGAGAUAUAUAUGUUUCAUCAUACUUUCAAUCUCCAAAUAAUUUAUUGAACGAUAAGCAAGUCUUUGAAUGUCAAACAAAAAACUAUUCAGAAAAGAAAUUGAUACACAUUAUAGAAGACGUAAAGUUGGACAGUGCUGAGACUUAUAACAUUGUCUCUAAUAUUAAACCUAAUUCGCUUCAAGAUGUCAACAUCAUUAAGGCUGAAAUGGAACAUAAAAAAGAAUUAAUAGAUACCAGAAAAUGUUCACAGGAAAAGAUUGAUGAAACAGUUGAGAGUGAGAAUUUAGAAGAAAUUGAUUUGACAAAAACUCAAUCACUGAAUAUUUUAGUACCACCUACGCAAUUCUUGGAUCGUUCACAGAAUUCUCAAGAGCGAAAAAGCACAUCUUUUGCCGAUCAGGAUUGUGUAAUUGAUUUAGAAAAAUGUCAUGAAGAUAAAACUGGUGAAAAAGAUGGUAAGAGCAAUGAACUAAAUGUCAGCACUGCUAGUGAAGACAGCUACAUCAAAAUGAAAGAAACCAUUUUCAAGAAACACAAUUUGGAUCUAUCACCCCAAUUUAAAUAUUCUAAGACUUCGUCAAUCUCUAAGAGACCUGAAACAAAUAUUGUGGCUUCAAAAUUUUUUCUUGAAAAGAAUGAUGAUGAUUUUGAUAAUAUAAAGAAAGUUCAAAUUAUGGAAGUUGAUGACAAUUGCACAACUGAAAAAGUUACCAGUCAAUAUCUUGGAGACCAAGAACAGAACUUAGAAGAUAAAGGCCCUACAUCCAACCAAAAUAAUAAUGAAAAAAUUCAAAAAGACAUGCCAGUUGCUGGAUUAUUGUUCACUCAUGGAUCUCAAGAUAUUCCCGAUUCUUUGAAUGUAUCUAUGAGUACAACUGGCUAUGAUGAUGCCGAUGGCGACUAUCCUCCUUGUAUUGAUUCUAGCUUACUUUUAUCACCUAAAGCUGACAUUCAGAUGCCAGAAGUAAAUGAUAAUUCUGAAGUAUUGUCUCAAGAGGUACCUAACUUCUUGACAGGAAUUAGAAAAACAGGAUUUUCAUUUUUUGGAAAAAGUUCAUCAGAAACCACAUCAGAUGCUCAGAAUCAAAGCAAUAAGUUUACUUUUUCUUUUGGAGGUGAUGAGAAAAAGAAUAGAGGUGGUUUUUUCAGUAUUUUUCAUUAAAGGUUUUCGUAUUUAUAUACCUUUUCUCUCACUCGAUUUUUGUAUUAAUUAAUAAUAUAAUGUUGUUAUUAACUUUCAAUAAAUGCUGAUUA